AUGUGUGAUCAUUCUUCUGUCUGCUUCUCGUCUUCCCCUCAUGCCACCGAGGCGGCUUUCAAACCCCCCGGUCCACGCGAACGCGUUGGGGCGAUCAAAGGAAAUAAUUCAAUCGCGCAGAAGAGAAAUAUUCUAUUUCUAAAAGAUGAUCCGUCAAGCUUCCCUGCUCCCUUGUUGCUGCCAGGAGAUGAUCUUUUCGAAGACCAAGAAGCAUACACCCAGAGUUUUCAAGAAUGGAAGGACGGAGAACACCGCAAUCCGGUGACCGCAAAACGGAAAAUCAUUUACAUCAUACCGACUCCGGAGAUUGAUGCAGAGGUUGCUUUCAUGCGGACCUGGAGCAGUCCAAACUCCAUCAAAAAUCAGCAGGACACACCGCCCCCUGCUACGAAAGACAUACGGGAUUAUCUGGCUGCUUUCUAUCAUGGCCUGGAAGUCAAGAUGAUGCAGUCGCCAAUCUUGCGUUUCAUAUCUUGGGAAGAAGACGAUCUUUGGUCAAAGGAACCGGCUGGUUCUCGUGUACCGAAAUACGUUGGCCUAGCAAUUGGCGAUGAAUGCGUGAGGAUUCGGGCGCGCCGCUCUCCAGAUGGUCUAUAUGAUGGCCAGCUAAAUCUUGAUGAUCUUCUCGAUGCCGCAAUUAGCCUUUUACCAAAAGAUGCUUAUUCCCUGUUGCUUCUCGUGGAUUUUGAUCUCUACGAGGAUGAGGACGAUACAUUCGUCUGUGGCCGUGCAUACGGGGGCAGCCGGGUUGCUGUGGUAUCCAGCGCUCGAUACAAUCCCCGCCUAGACGACAUCCAGCAUAUUGAUCGUCUCCAUUCUUGGCCAGCGUCACAUUGUGAGAAAUACGUGUCUACCUUUGGAUCCACUCAGCCCAGCACAAAACGACGCAAACAAUCCCAGCACAGGACCCGCGGGGCGCAAAAUUCCUCCUCACCACUGGAACCUCCAGUUGGACCUAUGAAGCAAGCAAUAUCAGCCUACCAGCUUCUCCCCCAAGUUGGAAUUCUACCGUCGUCACUGUCAUCCCUUUGGUUAGGUCGGGUUUGCCGCACAGCAAGCCACGAAUUGGGACAUUGCUUUGGCAUGGCUCACUGCGUUUACUACGCAUGCUCAAUGCAGGGCACCGCAUCGGUCUGCGAAGAUGCGAGACAACCACCAUAUCUGUGUCCAAUAGAUCUGGCCAAGGUCCUUCAUGCGACCUCAACCACUGCAUCCGAUCGAUACCAUGCCCUUCUGAGCUUUUGCAGCAGGCCGCAGAACAAAAAUACCCAUUUCUUUGAACCUUUUGCAGCGUGGCUUCGAUCACGAUUGGGUGAAAGCGAGGCUCUCUAA